AGCCUUUGCAUUCACUGAUCAUGGAAAAAAAGAGGCAGGGAGGCUGGGGCUGACACUUGACAUAAGCAAAUUGCCAAUAAAUUAGGCUCCCUGCCGAGGGCGUGAGAGGAGAAUGAGACACUGAAUGAGGAGAGAGGACUUGGAUUGGACAGGGCAGGCUGCUGGUGCGCGUGUGCUUGCUCCUUUAUUCUCCAGCUGAUGUUCAGGGGUUUGGGUGGAAACUGCUGUUGUGUUUCUCGAAUCUGCCGCUUUUCUGUAGUGGGAUUUCGACAUCGUGAUCAGGAUUAGAAGCUGAAAUGAGGCGUCAGUGCGGAUCAGCUCUGUGGAAGACGGAAACCAGCAGCAGUCUGUGAAUCCAUGGACCAGCAAAUCCAAAAGGCAACCUGUGGCUUCACAUUCAGGCCACACAACAACCGGCACCCACCAAAGGUCACAGCUUCGAUCAACACCAGAGUAGCUGAAUCAGAGUGAAUUUUAGCUUGUAAGCCUCCUGUACAAUUGUAACAUGCUCUAACUGUGGCUGCAUGGAGCCAGGGCCAACCAGCUCUGCCAUGGUGUUAAUGUGGUCCAGCUGACAUAGAUGGGUGUGUCUCUGUCUAUCAGGCAAAGGGUUUGCCUCAGCCAAAGAAGAUAUGUGUGCAAACGUUUCACUACACAAUCGCAGAGGCACUGUCUGAUAUGAAAUACACAGCCACUGAGGCUGUUAAAGCUUGGAAAAUACUGAGCACACACCAGACUCCAUGAUAUUCAUAGAUAUUCCCAUUUUUCAUUGCAAGUAUUGUACAAAGACACUUACAUGAGCAUCCUUGGAUUGCUAGACCUUGCUAAAUAUGAAAUAAGCAUUUAAUAUUUUAUGUUUUUUUUUUAUUUACCAGGAGUAGUAUUCCUGUUUUGUUUUUUUUGUGAGGUGGGAGCAAUAGAAUCCUCACUAUGGUUUUGCCUCCCUCUGACAAGCAGCACGUAUGUCUAACUACUAUCGUCAUUAUGACCAGCAUGGCUGUCAUGGACGCUUACCUGGUGGAGCAGAACCAGGGUCCACGUAAGAUUGGUGUUUGCAUCAUCGUAUUGGUAGGGGACAUUUGCUUCCUCAUAGUUCUGCGCUAUGUUGCUGUUUGGGUAGGGGCUGAGGUGAGGACUGCAAAGCGUGGCUAUGCCAUGAUCCUCUGGUUCCUUUAUAUCUUUGUUCUGGAGAUAAAACUCUACUUUGUUUUUCAAAACUACAAGGCCGAGCGCCAGACUGUGGAAACUGUCGCUCGGAAAGCUUUGACUCUGCUGCUUUCAGUUUGUGUUCCAGGGCUGUAUUUUGUCCUGGUGGCCCUGGACAGCAUGGAGUACAUGAGAACUUUUCGGAAGAAAGAAGACAUGCGAGGUCGAUUGUUCUGGGUGGCACUGGACUUGCUGGACGUACUGGACAUCCAGGCCAACUUGUGGGAACCGCAGCGAACAGGACUGCCCAUCUGGGCUGAGGGACUAAUGUUCUUCUACUGUUACAUUCUUCUACUGAUUCUGCCAUGUGUAUCUCUCAGCGAGAUCAGUAUGCAGGUUGAGCACAUGUCCCCAAAGAAGAUGCUGCUUUACCCUGUCCUCAGCCUUGUCACCAUUAAUAUUGUUACCAUUCUCAUCCGUGGGGUCAACAUGGUGCUUUUCCAAGACAGCCGAGUCUCCACCAUCUUUAUCGGCAAGAAUGUAGUGGCUAUAGCCACCAAGGCCUGCACAUUCCUGGAGUAUAAUCGGCAGGUUAAGGAGUUCCCGCCACAAGACCCUGUAACCAUUGCUAUGGAGAUACAGCAGAACUCAGGGCCGCACAAUCGAAGGCUGCCAAAUCCGACAACUAGCUUUCCAGAAGAGCCAUCACCCCCCCAUGAGAUCAUUGACACAUGACCAAUGCUAACACAGACUAAUUUCUUUCGGUCAAUUCCCACUGUAAGCAUUUUGGAGUGUUUUUAAAGUUGUCUAUCUCAAGCUUCAAUGCACACGUGUCCAUCCUUUACAGUACGUUACAGUAUGAACAAUGUACUUGCAGGGCAAAGUAUGUGGGAAUGAGACACAUUAAAUCAACAUAAGACACUAGAAUAGAGUAAACACAAAUGUAUGCUGUUGAUUCACUUUCCUAUGUUCUUAUGUCAUAGGUCUAAGUAAAUUGUAUUUUAAUUUCAGCUUGCUCAACUUCAGCUGUUCCCACCCUCAUGCUUCAUCAACAUUGUUGUAUGUAUGACUGUUAAAUUUAUUUAUAAAUCGAAAGUGUGCUGAUGCUCUACUCGUGCUGGUAUAACCAACCAAAUGGUGUCUGCGUGGGCUGGCCAGAAGAUUACUUACACUACACACAUUUCUUGUUUACCUUUCACAUCCAGCCUGAAUUUUAGGUUUGACUGUGAGUUUGGUCCUUGAGGAAUAUUAAAUACUGGUUGUUUAGGCAGGUGAAUGAGUUCCUCUCUCCUCACCCUUUUUUGACUAGACAGCUUCAGGUUUGACGCUGAACUUCCUUUUUAAAAUGUAUUUUUAGAUCACUCCUCUAAACUGAAAGUAUACCCUAAGCAAAUGAAUGAUGAUUGGCCAUGCACUACAAAAGUGAAAUGUGUUGGGGAAGUUUCAGUACGUGCUAAUGAGUUUUAAUCGUAUGUAUAGGAUGGAUUUUCAGUGAGACUGAAGCAACAUUAAUACAGUAGUUGUAAAGGUGACAGAAUGAUUGUGUUGACAGGAAUAGAAGAGUUGUAUAAUUUGAAAGAGAAAUAUUUGGCAUGCUAAUUAGUCAUAAAACCAUAACUAGUGUGUUAAAUAGGGGUUAAAUAGUGUGUUCCUUACAAUGUGCCAUAGCAAUGAUAAAAUUGCCAUUUAAAGAAUUCUCCAGAUUUGAUGCCUUUUGGUUUAACCCUUUUGUAUGCUUCAUUACAGAACCUCUGUAGUACUCUACCUUCACAUAAAAACCCCAUCAAGUGAUCCAUCCAUAGGGGUUGCCAAAUUUACGGAAAAUUCAAAAUAGUUUACACAAUGUGUGAUAAAUGCAGGUGGAAUAUUGUUGCCACCUGUAAACGCAUUAUACUUGACAAUCUAUUUCCUUUUAUAAGGCUGUAUCAUAUGUGGAUAUUCAGAAUAGGCUUGUAUGGUAGUAUGUAUUCCCAAACAAAGUGUAAGUUGAUUAAGACUUAGUUCACACAGCAGUGUGAAUCUGAAUUACUUCUUAAAUUUGAUUUAUAGACAAAACAAAGAAAGAUGAUAAGCUAUAAUUGAAGAAAACGUUCGAGUGAAAUCAGAUUGGACUGGUUACAUAGUGUCCAGAAAUACAAAUUUGUUUUUGGGAUUCAAAAAAAUAUAAAACUGUGGCUUGUUUACAUUUGGAAAAAGGGGGAUUUUUUGCCGUUCAGAUUUCAGAAUGUUUGCAGAAAAUUAAGUAUUGUGUCUAGGAACAAAGUCCAUGUUCAUAUAUGUGUGUGAGAUGAUGAUGAUGAUGAUGAU